CCGGCGCUCCAACUUCGGCACAACACGUUCGAAUUUCAAACGGUUCGCACGCGGCAUCUCUCGCGAUCAGUUCAGUAAUCACUUGAUCUAUUUUGAACAUUUUGUGAGUGUUUCCAAACUGUGUUAUACAGCAAAUAUGUGUGAAAAGAGGAUAAGGAAAAUUAAAAAAGGGUCGCACUUAGCGCGCAUGCGUGAGGCGAGACGCCUUCAACGGCUGCAAUGGGUGACAUCGCCCAUACCCGCCGAGGAAGCACCACCAACUCCCGCUCCCGUACCCGUCGCAGUCCCCCAAACCGCCGUCGACAAGUCCACCCACAACCGAGUCAUCCUCGAGCUCGCGUGGAAGACCAUCGCUCUUAUGCAAAAGAACAGGCUCAUACAACAAAAGAUCAUCGCCUUGCAAAGGGAGACCUCGGAGUUCAUUACAGCUGUCAUGAGCAAUCCGGAAAACAGGCGGCGGUAUUUAGAACAUGUCCGGCUUUACGGUGCUGGUCUGAUCACCUUGCAGCCUACCGAAGAAGCGCGGAGUACCCCCUUAAUUAAGAUUGAGCCGAAAGAUUAAAGAGUGCAAUGUCUAUGGCAGGUGUUGCCAUGUAAGUGGGGACUGUCCUAAAACUUCCCCUGUAUUGUGUAACAGACAAAUCUUUGGCUAGUAUUUGAUGAGUACCUUUAAGUAUUCUCAAAAUAUUGGCAGCUGUUGCUAUUAGAUUCAAACAAUUGUGUUAAAAAUACAUGGUUCUUGAGAUAUAUAGAAUUAUUUUUAGUUUAUAGUUAUGAUCAUGCAACUUUUCUAAAAGGUUUAUUGAUCACAAAACUCAGCAUUAGUACUAAUAAUAUUGCCAUCGUAUGGAAUUAUGGAGUACCAAUUAUUAAAGUUACACAAAAUGGAAGCUAGUUUUCUCCACUUGCAAGACAGAAUCUGAUAUAUUGAAUGAAUGUGAAUGUGCAUGCAAAUGAAUUUAGUUUUUUUUUAAUUAUUUUGUAGUAGGUACGUUAAUCUUUAGUUCUUGUAUUGUGAUAAUUGUUAGCGAGUAUAUUAAGUCGGUUUAAUCUAUAUUAUAAUUAUUUAAUUUGAAUACUUAUUGGCGAAGGUAAAAUGAUAGAAAUACGGCUCCUCUUGCACUGAACUUUUUCAUUCAUUUUAUUCUAUAAAUCUAAAAUUAAGAAUAUGCGGAUAUUAAAGCAGAAUAUAAAGAAAUUACCAAAAAUAUAACAACUCAGUUUUUCAUAUUUUUUAAGUUCCGUAUAGUAUUCUUUCUCAAUAAAAACAAUAUGAAAUAAAAAGAAAAAAAAAACAGUUUUUACAAUAAAAAAAAUUCGGACUGGCUUAAAAUAUGCUAUUUUUAAUAACUUUUGUGUUAAAAUCUUUAAAUGUGUGAAGAUGCCAGCUAAAAAUAAAUUAGUUAUCGAAUUAGCUAUGGAUUCAAUUUUUUUUUGUUGUCAGUUUGAAGUUACCAAUAAAUACUCGUGUUUAAAUUACCAUGCAGCAUAUUCUUAGUUUUACAAUUUCAGUAGUUUGCGAUAAGUACUUAAAAUAGUGGUACAAGAAGCAACCAAUCAAAAUGAUUCCAAUUCGGUGCCAGGUUUAUCGUAUUUUUUUUUCUUUUUGCCUUCCAACAAUAAUAUUUAAAUGCAGUGUCUUAUUUAAAAAAAAUGUUGUGGCUAAUAUAGGAAACCUUCUUGUUGUAAAUUUAUAUCAAGGUUGUUACUACGAGGCUGUUUAAUGUACCUAUCUAGAUUUAUCUUCGUACCCCUACUAAAUUAUGUAGUGAAAUUGUACCAAUAUAUAUAAGAAAAAAUAUCGGAAUGACCUAGUCACAGAGUAUAAAUCGAAGCAGACAUUUAAAAGAUUAAGUAUCACGCGUUGAUAGAUAGAUAUUUCGUGUCUCUUACAAAGCCUAGUCUAUCACGACACAGCCGUUUUCAAUAACAAUAGCCUAUAUAUAAUACUAAUAAUAUGCUCCCGACCGACUUUUCGGUCACGGCGGCUAAUCUCAUGGUGAGAUUAACCAUGUACGCAGGAGAUAUUAUAGUGCACAAGUGUAUGCGCAAGCACAGGUGCACUCUCUCUUCCCUCACUCUCGAAAUCCGAUGGGACGGCAGACCGACACGACCGGUGAGAGAUCAGGCGCAGGGCCGACGGCUUUACGUGCUCUCCGAGGCACGGGGGUGUACUAACACCGCCAACUUCCCAACUCCUGGCUGCUAUUAAGAUUUUUCCUUGUAAGAAAAAUCCCAAUAACCUAUUUUGUUUUUGUUGGCAUGACCCGGGAUUCGAACCCUGGACCUCAUUGUCCGUAGCUGAAUCAGCUAACCACGGGGCCAAUGAGGCAGUGAUAUAAUACUAUACGUUAGUUAGCUGAAGCAUUAGCUUACAUUAAUGGUCAAGAGCCUAAAUUAGUUACCUAUUCAGUUACUAAAAAGUUCAUAUACAUUGCCUGGCUAUGUAUAAUGUAUAUACAUUAAAAAAAAAUGUGGCAGUUAAGCUAUCUAUCUAGCAGGAACAUCCUUAUUGAAAGUCGGUUAAAAGUGAGACGAAAAUUUUCCUUUAGUUAUGCUAGUUCUAAACUAAAUAACAUAGCAUCUUCUAAAAGCUUCGCCUUAGUCUAGUUUAUAAAAUAAUUUAAAAAUAAUUCUUCCUAUUAAUGUGAUUGUUGUCGUUUAUUUAAUCUGAAUGUAUUAAAUUAAAUGUAAAAAACCGAAUAUAAAUAUAAAAAUACACCAGAUAUAGAUCGGUAAAAUAUUAGUUUUAUAAUGCAAGAAGGAUUCGAUCUUAUACCGAUAAUUUAUAAUUAUGUGAUAUACCUACUAUCAUAUAUUUCGAAGUAUAUAAAUCUCUAAACUAAAUCCAGAGCUUAGUAAUUUAAGAAAAAACACCUGUCUUAGUCUAGUGUUACCAGUAACAUGGAAUAGAAUAUUGGAUAUAAUAUUAUAAAGAGGAUAGAAAAGUUAAGCUUAGAGAUUUAUGUGCAAACGAAUUAGCACUGUACGUAGUUGUUUUAAGGUUCAUAAUUAUGUUUAAUGUAGAAAGCAUUUAAUAGUUUUUAGAUGAUUUGCACACACAGACCUACCAAAACCUGUGUUCAUUUUGUUAACCUACAUUAGUUAGUUAGGUAUAUGAUUAUAGAAUGAAUCAUUUACAAAACCCAUUUAUACUUAAAGCCUGACCUUAUAAUCAGAAAUUAAUUAUAUCAACAUUUCAAAAAGAGCACAUGUCUGAAAAUUUAAAAUGUCCUGCACCUGUAGCCGAGUGGCACGUCGAUUCUCUUUCUAAAAUCGCAAACGCUUCAAAAACUAGAAAAAUGUAUGGGAAUGACAGAUCUUGAUCACGUGAUCUGUCGAUAGCAAAUGUAAUUUUUCUAGUUUUCGAAGUGUUUGAGAUCGUAGACAGAGAAUCGAUAUUCCACUUGGCUACAGCAGGUGUAUAACUUCCAAAUCGGUGUAUAAUUUCUUUAAGUAACUAGUGUAUUUUGCUGUUAGCCUUCAAAAAUUACUAAAUUUUUUUUUAAUUAAUCUAAAUUGCGAAAUUGUACAGAAUAUCUGCCAUGUGCUCAUUUCGAAAUUGUAUAUUCAAUUGUUUUCUGCAUUGCCGCUGUAAUGAUGCUGUUUUUUUCGGAAAAUAGACGUAAAAACGGCAGACUGACAUGUCAGUUGGUACAGCUGUGGUUUUCAACAGAGGUACUGGGUUCAAUCCAUAGUUCAGGUCUAUCGGGUCAUCUGUAAUUAAUUGGAAAAAGAUGCGGAUUUAUAUUAUGAACGUUUUUUUUUCAACGAAUUGAAAGUACCUACAUUAUUUCAACACCACGUGGGUACCGCUAUCCUUCUUUGAAAAGUAUUACUAUUGUUAGAUUGUAAUGCACAACGCUCCCUAUGUUUAAAUGUAAGGUAGCCUUAAGUUUAACGCUUUAAAUUUGUUUAAUAUUUAAUGUGUGUAAAAACUUUUGAUUAGUUAUUAUUUGGAGAAUAAACUAGUCUGGAUGAUUAAUUAAUAA